AAAUACAAGGACCUGAAAUAUUAUCUGAAUCAUUUUUAGAGAACUCUCUUAAACUGCCAACAGCAUUUAGACGACUUUCCAGCUGCAUCAAUGAGAUCCAAAAUAAAACCGAUACCAAGAGACUUGCCCGGCCAAAAACUAAUAGGACCCAAUCCACCUUUUACCAUUAAUGAGUUAAUAGUUCGGUUCGACAGUAAAUUUUGCAUAAAUCCAGCUACUUAGCCCACUAAGCACAUCAUUACUCAAUGAAACAACAAAGCACAUAAAAUGACUGAAACAACGAAAUCCAAUCUAAAUAACAUCCACACAGGAAACACAUCAUUAUUUGGUACCAAUUUUAUUCUCGGCCCCUUCAACAUAUUUUACUCAGAAUAAUAUAACAAUGGCCUGGCAAAAUGCUUGUGCUGAGGUUAUUCCAAGUUCCCAACCAGAGCACAUUUUCCAACAGAAAAAAUUGAUCCUCAUGAAAUUGAAGUCAGGGAAUCAAGCUCCAAGACCAACUAUUCUAAAGCUAGCAGCAAUUAUCAGCAUCACAAACCAUCAACCAUUGUACUUAAUUUAUUUAAAGAAAGCCACCGCUUCAGAUUUUGACAGUGACUAAUCAGGAAGGAUAGAUAAAUCUAUCCUUCAAAGAAUCACAAACGACCAGCUUAUAGCCGUUCUCUGCUCGUUAAUGUUUACGGACAGACAAAUCGACCCUCCACAGAAUCACAAAAGAUCGGCUGAUAGCCAUUCCCUGCUCGUUAAAGUUUACAGACAGAUAAAUCGACCUUAGAAAGCAAUGUACCUAUUCUUAUGCAACCUCUUAGACAUCUGUUAGCAUGCCCAAGACUCUUUUGCAUGCCAUACCUCCAAUUUUAAAAAUAUGCAGCCACAUUUGCUGAAAUUGGGACCCUUCAAGAUAUGGGGCCUUGCCUGAUGCAGUACACAGAACAGUUAAUAGCCAAUAAAUAUACUAUCUGAGAAAAAGAGCUUAGGGCCUUCUUUUAUAAGCAGAAACUGUACAUAAAUUCGUCUGACUGAUUUCUUCAAACAUGCAACUACCAUAAAGAACCCAAGGAAAAGGGAACAUACAAGCUUAUUACAGACGAGUCAAAUAUCUAACACAAACAACCAUCUUCCUCUAAUUGUUGUGUCCUUGAAACCAAAACAACUCCAGAGCCUCGGGGAAGACAUAGCAAUCCAAAAAUGCACAUUAGGUUAGUGGUAAUCACAUUGGCUAGAUGUAGUCUCCAUCUUUUAUCUCCAUGUCGCCCGUGGUUCCAAGUCUUGCCUUCAAAACCACUUAUGGUCCAUCUAUGGUCCGAGAACAGACAUUUAAGCAUGAUUGGAUUCCACAACCCUUCUCAAUAGCAACAAACCAACAGAUCUAAAAAGAACAGCAUCAAAAGCAUUAUUCCAACUUUGAGGCAGAAUCACGACCGGUUGUAACCAUAAUGGAUUCAGCAACUUGGAAGAUGAUACCACUGACACCACUGAAGCAGAACAGAGACUCAAAGCAACUUGGAACAGGAACUAAAUCAAAGCUGCCUCCAAGACCUGAAUUAUAGAACUGUCUAUAUAGAAAAAUCAAAACGCCAUUUUAGGAGUAGGGACAGUGUAGCUCAAUAGUGUAGUGCAGGGACCAGAUAUAAUACCCUUCCAAAGGCUGUCACCAAUAGAUUGCAGAGCAAUUACAGCAUGUGGUAUUAAGUAAAAACAAAAUUACCCCAAUCAUAAUCUCUGCCUAGAAGAUGGGACAAUGACUGCAGACUCUUAACUGCUCAUGUCACUACCAGUUUAACCAGUUCAGCCACAGAGGUCUGCUGUUUUGCUAUUUUUUGACAGUCACCGAUAUCACACAAAUGUAUAUAAGAUGGAAAGAAGCCUAGUGUGCGCCACUUUGGAUUCUGAUAGCAGUAAGGUGACUAAUCAAGGUCAAGUUGUACACGAAAAAGUUAGCUAGUUUAAGAUUCAAGAAACUUUUGCACGUCUUACCUCAAGGCUUGAAUGAAGUGCGGACACCUUUCCAUAACAGGGACCCUUCAAGCUCAAUAUUUUGACAUUAGACUCCUUCACACGAGUUGUUGUUAACCACUCAAACACAAGGAACCAAGGAAGCUUAUGCCAAAUUACUACUAUAUAUUUAAAAGCAACCAGCUUUCUGAAGUAGCCAAAUUGAUCUCAAGACCACAACAUAUCCAGGGGCUACUGAAGGAGCAGAAUAAUACACAGAGGAAAGUUCACAACAUGAAAGGCAACCAAAGCAUCCAGAUGUAGCCCAACUCAGUCCCUCUAUUUCUAUGAUCAUGCACAUCAAGUUAGAAUUCGAUAAACCAAUACAUUCGGAUAUAAAGGGAGACCGUUAAAAGCCAAUACUAGUGAGAAAGCUUAAUAAGGAAGUCGGUCCCACUGGGUUAUGAAAUGCAACUGUUAGAAAUAAUCCAAUAAACGGUACUCUAAGUGUCUUAACGGGCGUAGGGGAUUUUUGGGUACUUGAAACUAACACGAAGAAGCAGACAACCAUUAUGUCUAUCUUUUUAUCCCACCUAUGAAUUAUCCCACAACGACGGAUCAAAUCAACUUUUGAAGCGGGACAAAGAACUUAAGGACCAAUUUGAUUAUGCUCCUCUUGCUACCCAAUCCAUAAAAGGGCAGAUUCGGAUAACAUAUCAACUUUUGAAGCGGGACAAAGAACUUUAAGGGACCAAUUUGAUUAUGCUCCUCUUGCUACCCAAUCCAUAAAAGGAAGGGCAGAUUAGGAUAACAUAUCAACUUCUGAAGCGGGACAAAGAACUUUAAGGGACCAAUUUGAUUAUGCUCCUCUUGCUACCCAAUCCAUAAAAGGAAGGGCAGAUUCGGAUAACAUAUCAACUUUUGAAGCGGGACAAAGAACUUUAAGGGACCAAUUUGAUUAUGCUCCUCUUGCUACCCAAUCCAUAAAAGGAAGGGAAGAUUCGGAUAACAUAUCACGACGGGGAAAGUCACCAACGGAUCAAAGCAACUUUUGAAGCGGGACAGAAUUUUAAGGGACCAAUUUGAUUAUGCUCCUCUUGCUACCCAAUCCAGGCAGGAAGGGCAGAUUCGGAUAACAUACCAAGAUGGGAAAGUCACCGACGGAUCAAAGCAACUUUAAGCUGGACAGAGAACAUUAAGGGACCAGUUUGAUUAUGCUCCCUCUCGUCACAAAGGUCAGAUUCGGAAAACAUACCGCGACGGGGAAAGUCACCGACGGAUCAAAGCAACUUGUGAAGCGGGACAGAGAACUUUAGGGACCAAUUUGAUCAUACUCCUCUUACCACCCAAUCCAGGAAAAGAAGUGCAGAUCCGAAAAACAUACCACGAUGGGGAAAGUCGCCGGAGCCAGAGAAUUCGACCCUCGACACAGUAAUCAUCCAGCGACCAGUAAUGGCACCCAAAUCAAAGUCUUCUAGAACUGGAACGUGAGGAUUUGUAUCGAGGCAUUUGUACAGUUUUCAUCAAAAUUUCUAGGGCAACCGGGCAGGCCGAAAAAACAGCUUUAACGAGCAGAGAAGAUAUCGUUUUUCCUAUGAAAGACGUGAAGAAUUCACAAAAACCUAGAACACGGAACGAAGGAGGGAGAACCGACCUCAUCAAUCUCGUCGGCCGUAAUCGGAACCCUAAAAAGGAAGAGCCAAGCCGAAAGAGCCUUCUUGUCUAUUUCCAAUCUGAUCCGACCUUUUUGGUGAUGGCAGCAACUGUAACAAUGGCCGGAGGAUGUCGCCACUUAUAUAGAUUUCCGAAUGCGGCUUUAAGUCGGUUCCCUUGCCAGCUGUAAGAGGGCACGCGUUAAUUGAACUGUAGGAUAAGUCGGUUCCCUUGCCAGCUGGACGGACACGUACAUAACACGUAUUUCGCUUUUCUGGGCCUGAAGUCGGUUAAUACUGCCAGCUGGACUUCCCGCCUUACGAAAUGCUGAUGGAGAUGGACCCCGACAAAGGAGGAAAAAGGCCCAGAACUCAUUAUGUCAUCAUUGCUGGCCCAAUUGUAGCUCCCGAACUCAGCCCAUUGAGAAAUAUACUGCUAUGCAAAUUUUAUUGGGCCCAUUAUGCGCCAAACAGUCACAAAAAGGUUUUUGGCCCGUUAUCGGAUUUAGCUCGGGGCGUGAGUUGCAACUGGAUGGGCCGGCUACUUGGCUAUUGGGAGUCUAGGGAUAGCAACAGAGGGUAACUGAUCCAACUCAACCAAUGAUUAAAAUACCGUACCGGCGGUUCGACCUGAAAAAUCUCUUACCGGAAGCAAAACCAGUAAACCACUAUUUUAAUAUAAAAUACCAUACCGCUGACUUUUCCGGUACGACCUCUGGUACCGUAUUUCAAUCCUUGAACUCAACACAGUUAAGCAGCUAAACUUGAGACUGAUGGGUUGUGGGACGAUCGGACUAGUGCGGAUAAAACUAUGUCUUAUUGUUUACUAGAUGGGUCGGAUAUGAGUUUUUUCAAUACUCAACCCGCCUAACCGAAUCACACUCAAAUGAAUGAUCAUGAAAUCAUAUGGACUAUCAGGCAUCACCUGGCACACAUACAAAAAUAUGAAGUCCAUGGAUGCAUAUUGUGCAGCUAGUGUGCACUAUUAAGAGCAUCAACCAACAGCUUACAACCAUGCUUAUUGAUUUAUUGAUAUAUUCAUUUCAUUACAUAAUAUUUUAUUAUAGUUGAAAUUAUAUUUUAUUAUAGUAAAGCAAUCUCUGUUGUUUUAUUCCGUAUAUCUGUUGUGAUAUUAAUAUUGUUGUUAUCAACUGCCACUAGGGGUGGGCAACGGGCGGGUUGGGUGGGUUUUGGUCUCAAAUUGACCCACCCGCUUACUAGUGGGUUGGAAUAAUUGUGACCCGCAAUCCACCCACAUACUUCUACGGGUUGGGUUGGGUGGGUGGCGGAUGGGUGCGGUUGGGUUGCGGGUCAACCCGCAAAAACAAUUCUCCAACUAGCCAUUAAGAAAGUUGAUUAACAUUUAUAAUAUGUUCAUAACAUUUAUAAUUUGUGAUUUUGAUACAAUUAAUAAUUUAUAGUUUGCAUCCCAAUAUUUAAUGGUUAUUAACAAUAAUCUGCAUACCAAUAUCCAAUAUGUAAUGGAUAUUGCACAACACAAUGAUCAAUAAUAGUAGUCAAAACUAUUAUUUAUUCUCCAGCUUUUGAAGUCUAUGGUCAGACUAUAGUGCAGUUCGAAAAUAUGAUGAAUAUUCGAUACUAUAAGAAACAACAUUUUUUCAUGUAAAAAUAGGAUGCGGGUCAUAUGGGUGACCCGCAAUCCACCCACCACCCACCCACAUAAGUGCGGGUGGGAGAUUUACCAAUCCGCAAUCCACCCACAUCAAUCACCCUCUCUAUGCGGGUCGAAUUAUUUGCGGGUGGAUCGAUAUAAAUCCGCGGAUUAACCACCCACGUGCCCACCCCUAACUGCCACUAUAAGCGUUGAAAGAAAAUUUAUAUCAAUAAACUACGUGAAAUUACAUUUUUCCAGUCCAAUGAGUGAUAAAGUAGGAAAUUAUGUUUUGGUGAAAUACAUUUGAGUGUGAUCUUCGUGAUAGUUUGAAUGAUUAAUGUACUUUAGAAAAUGUUCAAAAUAUGAAUACAUCAUAUAUUAUUGUAAAUUUUAAUUUAAUGAAGUUGCAUAGUGAUGUAUAUGUGUGGUUGGAUACAUAGCAAAAUACGAUACGAGUAUGUUACGUAUAAAAUACGUACGGAAAU